CUCGCCAGGCUCGGGGAUUGGUCGCUGGCGGUCAUGUGGACAGCAGGAAUGGGAACUUAUUUCCCAUGAGGUUAUAUUGCAGCUGCUGUUUUCCAACCGCUCCAUUCACUUAACAGUAGUAACACAACCUUUUUCUUGGCUCUUUGUAUAUGCAAGAGGCGUGCGGGGUGUUGUGGUGAGGAGCCGGCCGCUGCGUACGUGCGUAAUUCUCUCCCCAAAAAAAAAAGAAAAAAGAAAAACAGGCUGUGCGCGACGCCACUGUGCGCCAUGUUAAUGUGGCUGCACUUGUGUGGCUUUAUGUUCGUGAAAAUGAGGGAUGACCACACUCCUGGAUGGAGGGAUUACUUUGAUGAAAUCACUUAAACAAGAAUUUGGACGGUGGGAGAGGAGUGGCGGGCGCAGAGAGGAGCUUCGGCGGAGUGGCAGCCACACUGGAAAUGAUGGAUUAUCAACAAAGCCGAGGAGGAGUUUUAGUUCAGCGAAGGGUGGGAAACGUGAGGAGGACCUCGACAAACGGCUCCAACGGACCGACGGCAGGCUGGACCGGACCGGACGGAGCAGCUGAGGAUGAGAUCGAAAAGGAAAAAGUAAGUUUGGCAAAGUUAUUCCUGCAGGAGGGAAGUUUGUGGGUUGAAUUUGAGGGUACAAAUACUCAGCAGGAGAGGCACAAACAGCUAGUGAAUUGUUUAUAAUGAAGUAAAAGGCAGAUAUAAGUGUUUAGACUUUAUAGAAAAGCAUACAUUGCAUUUAUAUUGUGUCAUCUAGCACCAAAAUCUGCUCUAUCUGUGCAUUUGCUGCUUUAAAUGCCAAAUAAUCGCUUGCUGAUGUCGAUUUUACAGCUUUCUGCCAUUUUUUCCCCCACUGUAAACUUAUGUUUUUUCCAAUCUAUGUUGUUUAUUUAUUUGUGCAUGAGCUUAUUUAGUGGCUUUCCUGUGUCAUCUGUGGGAAAUCCAGUCGCUGCCACUGUUGAUUCAACUGUCUCUGAAUUAAUUCGGAGCAAUAAAUCCCCUCCUCUGCGGACACGUGGUCCCUGCAGCUAAUUGACAAGAGAGGCUGCACAGCGCUGCAUUUGUCAGCAGGCCUGCAGACUGAAUGGAAGGAGGUGGAAGCAGGGGGGAGCGUAGGGGUGAGGAGAAAGGGGGGAGGGAGUGUCCAUCACGGAGCAGACAGGCGGCCUGAAGAGUGGGGAGUGAUGGGAUGUAAAGUGCAGCUCGGGGAUGUUGUCAUACGUGAAGGAUGGCUGGGGUUCAGACGUGUGUUUAUAUGUACGUUGUGUGUCUUUAUUCAGCAGCAGAGGCUUAUCAGCUCCAAGCAUCUGCACCCCCAGCCUCCCCCAAACCGGCCUCCUCCCCAUAUAUCAGUUUAUUUGUUUAAACAGCGCACUUAUUGCUGAUUUUCUUUGUGUUUUUAUAGCACUUUUUAUUGGCUAUCGCAAAGAUUUAUGGAGCCAUAAGUCACCACACGUGUAUCCAGCAGUACUGCACUUAAAGUACACGAGUAUUUCUGCGUUCUCGUACUUUAUACUUCAUUACCUUAAAUAGGGAAAGGUUUUCAUUCUGCUACAUUAAUCUGAUAACUUUGCAAAUUCAUAUGUCAAGAUAUAACCAAGAUAUUAUUUCCAAACUUCAGAUAAAACCUCAUUGGUCAGUAUGCAAAGUAUUUAGAAUUCGGCCAAAUUUGCGACCUUAAAGUGAGGCUUGCACCUAAAAGCAAGAAAAAUGACAGCAUAAUCCAACAUAUUCUGAAAUCCUCAGACAUUUUUCAUGCCAAUACUUUUUGCAUUACAAAUAAGUAACAGAUGUCCCAUUCUGCAAGGGGAAAAAUGUUAGAAAAACACAGUUUAAAACCACAAACUGCAGCUUCCUCUGAUUAAAAAGAAACUUGGUAGCUCAAGGCCCAUUUAGUGCAAAUUUCCAGCACUUUCAACCACAUCUUGUGGGCUUCCUGAGCAUAAGGAGAACUAAUACGUCUAGGUAGAGCGAUUAAUUAUCAACCAGAAAAUUAAUCUGCAACCAUUUUGAUAAUUGGAGUCAUUUUAAAAGAGAAAAAAGCCAAAAUUCUGAUAUUCCAGCUUGUUAAGAGUGAAUAUUUUCUGAUUUCUUUCCCAAAUUAUGACAGUAAAUUGAAUAUUUUUGGGUUAUGGACAAAACAUAACAUUGAAAGAUGUCAUCUAAGGCUUUUUUCACUAUUUUCUUACAUUUUACAGACCAUAUGACUAAUCUAGAGCUUUACAGACAGCAAAAAUACUCAUUAAUUGCAGUCUGCAGCUCUUCCUACAAAGACUGAGCAUGUUUUCAGGGAUGUAGCAUUAAAUUAUAUGCAUCUGUACCUAAUAAAUUGCCACCUAACGCCUAUUUGCACGUUUUUCUGCAGAAAUCCCACUUGCCCUGUGCACAAAAAGACCAUUUCCCAUCUCAAACAUGUGAUAUUUGGAUUUUUCCCCCUCAUGCAUCACAGAUCAAACACGUCCAUUAGCAUUAAUUAACGCCACUCAGUUAAAUAUUACCUCCAGGAGCCAAUCAAAGCGAUCGAGCAAAAACAAGCGAAGAUGAGAGAUCAAAGCGGCACCAAUCGAUGCGCACGCAGGCCUCAUUACAGCAUCAACUUGUGCUGCUGACCGCUGUCUGUCUCUGCUUCAACAUGCCUCCAUCUGAUCACUCAUUUAAAUUAGAGACGAGCAGAAAAAAAAGAAACAAUCUCAUUACAUAAAGAAGAUGUGAUGCAUUCGGUGCAUGUGUGGAACCUCAGACUGAACACUGAUAGCUUCUCUUUUGCCUCAGUAAUUUAUGGCAUCUCUGGCUUCCUGGUCUGAAUUUAUUGUCCCAGCUUUGCACCACUUCCCGGGAUUGUUUGAGCUAAACAGAGACGUGUGAUUUCUGGAGGGGGGUUUCAAAUCCCGCGCAGCAGCCUUUUUUGUAUUAUUUCAAUUCAUUCUCGUGGCGUGUUUUCCUAUAAAAGGCCGUUUUCUUUAUCUAAACCCACUUCAGAGGGAGUUUAGUGGCGAAAAUCUGUCAGCAUUCCUGCCCUCUUAAUGUUUUUGGAUUUUCACUGCGCUCUAAUUGCCAUUCGCGGUAUAGAAACGCGUAAAAAAAGAGCCCCCUUUCUUAUCUUUAUCGCAGGGCUAUUACCAUAUAUGAGCUUGCAUGAUCAGCAGAAAGGCUUUCUUUUUUCCACGCACACACACACACACACACACCCACGCCCUGACACUGUGUAGCAGAAAUGCUUUGCAGGGCGGUGUGAGCUGCAGGAAACACUGUCCACUCUGGCUUCACCUCCCCAAAGCCACAUCACCAAAACCCAGCAGCUCCAUCCUCAGCGCGCCCGGGCUUUUUUCCCUUCCUCUCUCUUUCUUUCUUUCUCUCUCUGCAGGGAUUAUUCUAAUCUGGGAGAUUUUCCAGAAAGGUGAGAGGAGCCGCCAGUGUUUGUUUCCGCGAGGAUUGACUGUGGCUUGUGAAGGCCAGAAGCCCUCGGCUCUCUGGAAACCUGCCAUGUGACAUUUGGCUGCCUGCGCUCCGCCAGAAGGUCAGAGGGGGCCCCGGUGAUGCGCAUUUAAUGGAAAUGCAGAAGAGCAGCAACAACAACAGCAUCCACCACCACGACGACUCGUUCUUCAGCGAGUCUCUGGAUGGUGUCAGUGCGUUUGGCUGCGCUCAUCACCACCAAACACUGACGCACCAGCAAUUGGCGCAAGUGGAGACGUUUGAGCGCACGUUUCCCCGGAGGUCAAAGCAGCAAAACCCCAAGUCUAGCAUGAGCAAAAAGAUUUUCCCCUGGAUGAAAGAGUCCAGACAGUCAAAUCAGAAACCCGGAAGGAGAAUGGCAGACUGCGCCGAGAAGUGUCCGAGCUCAAGCCCGGCCUCCAAGAGGACGCGCACCGCGUACACGAGCGCGCAACUGGUGGAGCUGGAGAAGGAGUUCCACUUCAGCCGCUACCUGUGCAGGCCGCGGCGGGUGGAGAUGGCCAGCCUGCUCAACCUCCACGAGAGGCAGAUCAAGAUUUGGUUCCAGAACCGCAGGAUGAAGCAGAAGAAGGACGAGAGGGUUCAGGGCCUCUCCAACACCAACACCAGCUCCUCCUGCUCGCCCCCGUCCUCCCCCUCCGCCCCGGGCAGCCCCACUCUGUCCAGCCUGGGUUAUGUUCAUCUGGGCGGGGAUUACCAGCCGGCCUCCCCUCCGCUCAAGUCCCACCAUCACCACCACCAGCAGCAGCAGUCCACGUACCCGGCAGAAUACCCUAAAUAUCCAGCUCAAGGCUUCACGCAGUUUGACGGGCAGUUCACCUCCUCACACACACCGAACCCAAACCAUCUGAGCGGCUCUUACUUCUCUCAGAGCUGCAAUCCUCAGGACAGAAUCAUGCAGGCUCCAAAACUGACUCAUCUGUAGCAUCUGUGGGUCUGUGACUCCACA